UGCGGGAUGUCUGGCCGCGGCAAGCAGGGCGGCAAGGCGCGCGCCAAAGCCAAGUCGCGCUCGUCGCGGGCCGGGCUGCAGUUCCCUGUGGGCCGCGUGCACCGCCUGCUGCGCAAGGGCAACUACUCGGAGCGCGUGGGCGCGGGCGCGCCCGUGUACCUGGCGGCCGUGCUCGAGUACCUGACGGCCGAGAUCCUGGAGCUGGCGGGCAACGCGGCGCGCGACAACAAGAAGACGCGCAUCAUC